CAAGUACCAGCGUUUCCGGUCCAUUCGGUAAUACAGGGAUAGGGACAGGGUGAUGUCUCAGACAGGAGAGGACACACAGGAUCUUGGUUGGAGUGUGAAGAAGGAUCAUCCAGGUCCUAAUGGAUCUGAGGAGAGUGUGAGGAAGAAGAAGGAUGAUGAUGAUGAUGAUGAUGAUGAUGAUGAUGAUCCUCUGCAGGGUUUAGUCCUCUCUCCUCACACUGUUCUGGAUGAAGCUCACCAUACAGGCAGGUUAAAGUGCUCCAGCUGUGGUUCCUCACGCCUCCUCUACUGCUACACCUGCUGCUGCCUGGUGGGACUGAACCCUCAACUCAUCCCCACCAUCAAGUUACCUGUGAAGAUUGACAUCAUUAAACACCCGAAUGAGACGGAUGGGAAGAGCACUGCAGUUCACGCAAAACUCAUCGCUCCAGACGAUGUUUCCAUUUACACCUACCCCUGUAUCCCAGAGCUGGACACACACACACACAAUGUGGUUCUGGUGUUUCCAGGUGCUAACUCCAUGACGGUUCAGGAGCUGGCGGAUUCUAUCAGUAAGACCAUGAGAAAAAGAGGAGCGGAGAGAUCAGCAGAGAGAGACACCAAGAAACCCAAGCUGGAGGAGAAGAGUGACCACUCACACACACACUCACACACACACUCUCACACACACACUGCACAGAACACACAGCGCACAAAGGAGAGCACGUGUCCGGUUCAGAGGGUCAUCUUCAUCGACAGCACCUGGAACCAGACCACUAAAAUCAUUAGUGAUGAGCGUCUACAGGAUUUUCCACGUGUGGAGCUGAAAUCGAGGAAAACGUGUUUCUGGCGUCACCAGCGAGGAUCUCCUGACACGUACCUAGCCACCAUCGAGGCCAUCUAUUACUUCCUGAAGGAGUUCCACCUCCACUGUUUACAGAGAGAGUACAGAGGAGAGUACGACAACCUGCUCUUCUUCUACACAUUUCUACACAAACUCAUCAGAAAAGCCAAACAGGGCAGAGUGUGAGGAGGAGAAAGACACACACACACACACACACACACACACACACACACACACACUGGAGGUACAGUGACUCAGACACAAUCCUUCUGCAGUAUCAC